GUUGUUUUUCCACGAUGAACACGUUGGGAAAUCGCCUUAAUUUUUGGCUUCCGCGAUUAUAGAGUACAGUCAUGUAUUCCAUUAAAGAGUGUUGUACGUAGCUUGCUGGUUUGUGGACAAAAUGUAUGGCGGAAUAUGACAAGUUUUGGUGCAGACUGAGUGAAAUUUGUUAACUACUCUUUGGAUCGGACGAGGCCUAACUUGUCUGAACUUUUGUACUUUGUGACUCUCCCAAGCAAGUAAAUGAAUGAAUGAGUAUGUUGUUUGACGGAUUUAUUCUAUAGAAUCUACUAUCAGCUUUGGAUAUAGCCAACCUGUGGCUUGGAUUUGUUCAUUUUACAAGGUUGAGCCACCAUCGAUAUACACUUUGAUAUACAAACAUGGGAUCAGAAUGUAGUGUGGAGGAAGAUUAUGAGUUGGACGAGCCUGUUAAUUGUAACAGCAAAGAAUGGAGUUUAUUCGCAGCAAGGAGAAAACAAGAUGACUUUAAAGCCACAGUAUUUGUUCACGAAAAGAGUAGGAAAGUAAAGAACAAGAAUGACGAAAGGAUUGCUAAAGCAGCGCAGUAUCUGAAGAUUCUUAAGCACCCAGCUAUUCUAAAGCACCUUUGGUCUUAUGACAACUCAGAAGAGCUUUGUAUGGUGACUGAACCAGUCAGACCUUUGGAAUCUGUUAUACAGACAUUAGACACGGUGGAGAUUAUUGCUGGACUGUACAAUAUUGUCGAAGCUCUGGUCUUUUUACACGAGAGGGGUGGCCUGUCACACAACAAUGUUUGUCUGUCAUCUGUUUAUGUAAGCGAUAAUGACUGGGGCUGGCGGCUUGGUGGAAUGCAACAUGUGUGCAAAGUUUCUGAACUGACCAAUGAGUUUCUGUCUGGGACACGAGCUCAAAGAGACUCCAAGUCUAUUUCUCCUGAGGAAAAGGAAGGGCGCAUAAAUAUCAAUCUGAAGACAGGCCAUUCUCUGGAUGCAUAUGCCUUUGGCAUGUUCGUGAGUGAUAUCUUGGACACUCGAGCAGAUUUAGGAGAUAUCGGUGAAAAGUUUGGAGAAAAGAUGCAGAGUCUAUUCCUUCAUGAGAAUCCUCAGAUGAGGCCACAAUUUUCCAGUCUUCUCAAUGAUGAUUUCUUCAGGAGCAGUUUCUUGGAGAUAAUGACUUUCCUGAACCAGAUUACAAUUAAAAGUGAUGUAGAGAAAGGCAAAUUCUUCAGUUCUCUAGCCUACAAGCUGACAACAAUUCCUCCCAAGGUUGUUGCUAGACGCAUGCUUCCACGAUUGAUGUCAAGAUUUGUUCUGGCAGAACCUAGUGCAGAAAAUAAUUUUCUUCCUCAUCUUCUCACUUCUAUUAAAGAUGGUAGUGACACUGAUUACCAGAUAAGUGGUCUCACUCCAGUUAUACCAGAUGAGCUGUUCAGAGAACACUGCAUUCCAAUUUUGAUGACGCUGUGGUCAAUAAGAGAUGGGCAUGUCAGAAUGAUUCUUCUCAAGUAUUUCAGUCUCUAUGGAACUUCUUUCAAGGAAGAAGUUCUAGAAAAUUUUAUCCUGCCUCAGAUGUUGAUUGGUCUACGAGAAACAGAUGACAGAAUAGUGGCCGCUACAUUCUCUGCUCUGGCGGUCAUGGUGCCCAUAUUAGGAGCGGAUAUUGUGGUUGGUGGAGAAAGAAGGAAGCACUUCAUCGAAGGAAGACCAAAGUUCAGCACUUCUGAUAGCUUGCCACCAAUCUCCACAGUUCCCGUAACAGAAAAGAAAAUCAGCAACAUCGGCCCUACAAACCUGAGCGGAGUUAUCGACAUCGAAAACAAGUUAAGUCCACUGACAAGUAAAGACACAAGAAGAGCAACUCGCAGUUCUGAGGACAAGUUACGAAAACAGGACAGGGAAAAGCGGAGACAAGAAAUGGAAAGGAAAAAGGAGGAGAGGAAAAAAGAGCUGGAGCGGCGCAGACUGGAAAGAGAGAGAGAAAAGGCAAAAAAGCAGUCAUCUCCAAAAAGACUUUUAGAUCUAGUUAUCCCGAAUGCGGAGUCUGAUCAUAAGGAAUUUGAACCAUGGGAAGAGCUGGAUGAGGCCCAGAGCUCCCCUCGGUCAGACGCGACGAGCCGCCGAUCAAGUCAAGCUACCGCUGACCAUAAUGUUCAGUACUGGAGUGACGAUCACAGUGUUACCAGUGACCAUGACAAGUUGGACAUGACCAAUGUUGAUUUCACGCCACCCUCUUCACAAGCGGAGAAAUUCAACAGAACUUCAUUCCAUACUCGUGAUAAAGACAGUUAUUCCUCUAAAUCCACGCAGGGCAAUGCGUUAAAACUUGGUUCCAAUAAAUCUUCAGGAAGAACGGAUAAAUCGAAACCUUCGAAGUCACGACAUCAAAGCGACGAACCGCCUGGAAGUGAAUUUGAAAUACCGCGAGUUGCUGUCCGCUCAAGUGAGCCUGAUUACUUUGCUGACAUGGAACCCGCUGUGAGUUUUAAAGCGAACGAUUCCAAGGGUUCUGUCUUACAGUCCCACACUGGAGGACUGAGUUCUAAGCUGGCGAUGGUCGAAGAUAGCUCACAGAUGGAAAGUGGCUGGGCCGAUGACUGGGAUGGUUUUGAAUGACUAGUGACUGUUUUUGUGAUAUUUUUAUUGGUAAUCUCACUUCUUUUUUCUCCGAACGUUUAAUGAACCCAUUCUUGUAAUCGACCCAAGAAAAAUAGGUUAAAACGCUCUUAUCCCACAUAGUUUUCUUUGUUUAUCAUGGACAUAAAUCACUAGCAAAGAGUCUCAUUAAAAUUCUCAGUCGCAAAAAAUCGCCAGCGAACACGUAAAAUUGCAUAUCUUAUUUUUAAUAAUUUUCUGUUGCGAAUAAGCCAAGGGGAACUCAGAUGAAAUAGCCACGGGGAGGUGGAAGACCUCUUUUGGUACCUGUGGAUCUUUUUGGUGUUAAAAUUUUUGUGUAAGUUUUUUUUUUUCUUUUGGGUUCACAAAAAGCGUAACCCAGGUUUCUGCACAAAAUUAUAUUUCUGUUCACUUUCAAAGAAUGACUGCAGUCUGCCUAAAUUUGUGACAGAUGCACGACGACUGAGGAAAUGUGGAUGCCAUAACUGACUGGAACGUUUAUUUUUCUUUUUUAUGGCGAGAGAAAAACGAACUUAAUUUUUUUUUUUUUUUGGAGGGGGGGACAAUUUGGUCUCAUUCGCACCUCCCCGUCUCUAAGAUAUCUGAGUACCCACCCCCGGGCAAAUCUGCAGUGAGGUAAAGAAUUUUUAAAUGAGAUGGAAAUUGCAAGUUUCUGUUGUAGUUAAAAUAUUCUUAUUUCGCCGUUUGAGGUGUUUGUUGAAUUCUCGUUGCGGAAUAGUUGUUAUGAAAACUUUUGAACAUGGUUGUUUAAAAAUAGUACAUUUAAGUUAAAUUUUAUGGAAUAAUAUUUACGAUAGAGACUAUUUUACAAAGUUAUCCGGUAAAGAAGAUAAUAUUUUAGAAGGCGAAAUAUCAGCCAAUGAAAUAAAUGAAAUAUUGUUGA